UAGCUUACGCAUGUCAACUUCGGCGGCCAGGAUGUUGAGCCUCACCGCUAAUACGACCAUGAAUUUUCUCGGAACAGCGCCGAACCGGCGCUCCAUCAAAGACCUAAGCAUCAAAACAAAUGCUUGCUCGGCUAAGGAUUGGAUGUUAUUUAGGAGACCCCUGUUCGCUACAGAAAAAGAAAUUCUUAAAAACAAAUAUAUUAAACAAAUAUUUUAUAAAACCUCCUCUAAAGGUAACUUGAUUUACUGCACAGAUUAAUCCAAUUUCUUCCCCAGAGGCAACCGCUCUCAACUCGUCGAAAUCCCUCGUUGCCAAUGCAGAAGUCGUUUCUCGGGACAUCCCAAAAGGCACAAGAAAUGUCCUCGUGAAGAAACCAAAUGUGGAUUGCAGCGCAGGAUUCAGCGGAGGUAAACCAACGUUUUGCUGCUGAGGAGGGAUCAGCAUGUUCAGAAUGGCCCAUAGUGAUUCCUCUUCGGAACCGGCCCAAAAAAGGUUUUUGAAACGAGACCAGAGCCAUCCGGCGAUGUCUUCUUGUGAUCUACUGAUGACCACCAAGGUCCCGAUCCCGGCGAAUCCACAACAAAUGAUCGAAAUUCACGACAAUUCAGUCGCCAACCGCGCAGUUUCGCGCUUCAAAUGACGAUCGCGUUGCCGUAGCCGAUGAUUUUCCCCAAUCCCGCCAAUUUGUUGCGAAUGGCCGGCUGCUGACUCGGAAUUCUUCUUUUCGAGGCGAAAUCAAUUUAUUUCUGUACUCCUCACUGGACCUCCUGCGGUCCCAAGGUUUUGAGAAAUGAAGAGCUUGAAACACUAUUUUUCCUCGCCGAAUGCGGCCAGCAAAGAGCAAGUCGAUUCGUCAAAGGAGCCUCUUCACGAUGUCAGUGAAAAUUCCAACUUGAAACCUGCUCCAGGAUCGAAAAUCAACACCACCAACAAAUCCAAAAAGACGGAUGAUUCGAGUGAGAAGAGGAAAAAGGAACGGAAAUCCAUAUCUGUACCGAAGGUUAAGAAGAGUAAAGAGUCUGAAGAUGACGUGAUUGAGUGCUCCGAAGAGAAGAAAGUGAAUGGUGCCAAAGACGAGGAGGUCCAAGUCAACGGACACAAGCCACUUGCUGACAAAAUAGACUCUCCGUCCACUCCUCAGGUGACACCAAAACCAAACGCUUUCCAAAUGAUUAUGAGCCAAAAGAAGUACGCAAACUCUGAUUCUGAGAGUGAAAGGAAAAAGAAAGAACCCCGAAAAAAAGACAAGAAAAGGUCAGAAGCAAAAGUAAAUCCGUCUUUAGAAAAGGAAGCAGUCGUUGACCUUCUCGAAGACGGAGAUGGCAAAAAAAAUGAUGAAUCUGUAGGGCCUCGGUCUCGUCGAAGAAGACAGGCAAAAGAAAAAACCAAGUCUUUUUUAGACUCCGAUGAAGAUGAUGUGUUUGAAUCAAAGGCAAAACCGUCCGGGAGAAGUAAAAAGUCUGAAAAAUCUGGUUCGAAGGAUGUGAUAGAAGAUGAAAUCAAAGUGGUAGAAGCAGAGGAUUCCGACGACGAUAUUUUCAAAUCCGACAAGAAGAAACCGUCGAGGAAAAGAACGCGAGGGAGUGAUGAAGAAGUAAAGCCUAAAGCUAACCUGCCUGCAGAGAAACCAAAGGAGAAAAAAUUGAAUAAAAAAAGUUCUCCUGAAGUUGAGCUGAAAAAGAUGGAAGAAAAUAAGAAGCCCAAUGCACUUGAGAAACUCAUGUCCACAAAAAAGCCAGAGGUUGACUCUGAGGAGGAGUUUUUUGUCUCAAAGAAAGGCAACAAACGUAAACGGGAGAGUGGUGACGAGACGCCUCUGUCCUCACCGCAGAAAACUGCACCCAAAGUUCAGAAAAAAUCCUCCAUUGCUGGCUACUUCACUCCCAUAUCUAGAGACGAAGCUUUGAAAAGGGCGGCAGAGGCCUUUGAAGCUCCCAAGGUGCAAACCGUCACAGCCGAUGUCCACCCGGAACCACCCAACGCCCGGACCAGGCGGUCUAUGGGUCCUGCUGGUCGGCAGGUCAGCUCCAAGAGUCCCAAAGAGGACGAAACCAUCGAGGUCCUGGACGUGACUGAGGAAGCAACAAUAAAGCAGGAUUCGUUUGAAACGCCCAAGAAGAAAAUGGGCACGAUGAAGAAAAAGAGGCUCUGGGAGUUGCGGGUGCGGCUCCUCAGUCCUGCCAAAACUGUCAGUGAGGCUUCCAACAGUGGGUGGAGCAGCACGAGCUCCGAGUCAGAUUCUGAGGUUGAAUUGAUAAGGCCUGCUAAAAAGCAAAUCAGCAAGUCACUUGGAUUGGGAGCAGGAGGUAAGCUGGCUCCAAUUUUCCUGUUGCGAAACCGCAAUGUUGCUGCUGCUGUCAGUCCUCUAGUGCCCAGUUCAAAAAAAGCAUUCCAAAAUUCACCCAUGCCACAAAUUAGAGCUGCCCCCACAGAACACACUAUUGGAUUUGCUGAUGAAGAUCCUGAAGCUCCAAUUCAAACCCUCUUCCCACCGAUAAGUCACAUUGGCCACUUUGAGGAAAAGAUAGAGCAGGAAGAGGAGACCAAAAGACUUUUGAGCCUCUCGUCCUGUGAGGAUAACAAGGAAAACUUUGAGCCGCCACCUUUCCACCUGGCACCAGUAGGAACAGCAAAGGCUUUUGUCAAUUUCAAGCCCUUCGAAGGCAAGAUUGACGGUGAUGGCGAGUCUUGGUGUGAAAAGUACAAACCAAAGUUGGCUGACGCAGUGGUUGGAAAUGAGCAGAGUGUCAACAGGCUUCGUUCGUGGCUGGAAAGGUGGACGGACAACAGCAGGUCUUCUGGUCUCAGAGUGGCUAGUAUUGAAUCUGAAUCGGAAUCAGAUAGUAUGGACGACUUUAUUGUGUCCGAUGAUGACGAUGACUCAAAUCAGGGGAAGAAGAAAAAGAAGAGGAAGAGGGCAGCAAACACUGUCUUGUUAGUUGGGCCAAGUGGAUCGGGAAAAACGGCAUCUGUUUAUGCAAUUGCAGAGGAAUUGGGUUUCAAAGUUCUUGAAGUCAAUGCAUCUUCAAAGCGAAGUGGGAAGAAAAUUCUAUUGGAACUUCGAGAGGCAACUCAGUCGCACCAAGUUCGAAGUGGAGCAGUAGAUCCAGAUUCUAUCCAUUCCUUCUUUGGAAAAGGCAGAAGCCAGAACACUGAUUCGCAGCAGUCUUCACAAACUCUCUCUUUGAUCCUAGUCGAAGAUGUUGACAUUGUAUUUGAAGAUCAAGAUGAAGGUUUUAUGGCUGCACUUAACUCCCUGGCAGAGAAUUCUAAAAGGCCUUUAAUUUUAAUCAGCAAUGAUCCAAACUGUUCACUCGUCUUGACCAGACAGCAUCGCAUUCACUUCCAGUACGAGAGGGUGCCUGUCAGCAAGGGUGUUGACAUUAUUGAGGACAUCUGUCAGAUGGAGGGCGAAGAGACUGAUCGGGACAACAUGAAGCAACUUGUCGUGAGCAACAAAGGUGAUCUGCGCUCAUCUCUCCUUUCUGCUCAAUUCCUUACCCUCUCAGGCGGCUUUCCCAAGAAGUUUACGAGUCAAUUGAAUUUUCCCCUCAAUCUGGAGCAAGUUGCUCUGCGACUUCAAACCAAACCGUUCUCAUUUAUAAUAUCAGAGACUGAGUUAGAUGACAGCAAAGCUGAAGAGAAAACAAAGCUGAACAGCACGUGGGGCAACGACUCGGAUUCUGACAAUAUCAUUUUGAAAUCUUGCGAAACAAAACCCAAAGUAUCAAAAAGGAAGCCCCUAUGUGCCACCAAAGAAAAUUCUGUAGAUGUCGAGGUUGAAAAAGUUGCAGUGACCUUGGAAGAAAUCGAAUCGCUUUCGAAGCGCGCAGACUGUUUUGCAAAUUUAGAUAUCCUACAGGGUCAAUUUGGUGGCCACCUGAGGAAUAAUUUGCUGCCUGGGUUGAGUGACCAAUUGGCUAUUGAGUCACCUCCGGAUUUAGUCGGACCGCAAAUCCGAUAUGAAUUAGCUCAAAGAAUGGUGAAUUACUUCAGACUGGGUAGUUUGGGAACAGAAUAUUGGGAAUCAAAUCAAAGGUGGUUGACGACCCACUCGAGGAUAGACAAAAGCAUGUCAGAAAUGCUACCAAUCAACAACCAACUGGAUCACCAAGGAGUGUCACUUGACUAUCUACCAAUUCUCCGGGAACUAGGCAAGUGUGAACAAACCUCUACCAGGUCUUCUCGGAGGAGCUCCAUAAACUGUUUGCAGAGCAUAGGAAUGCAACCUGACCUGUUUGUCAUAGAGGCGCUUCCUUUUGUACUUUCAUGAGUGUAUCAAUAUCAUAAUUAUCGUGAGCUGUGCCCGAUUUAUUUUAAUAAAUGUGGACAAUUAACUUCUACUAAGUAAAGAUUAAAUGAUAUUAACAUUAAAAGAUCCACAGGCUUAACUUAAAACGAAAAGUACCAUUUUUAUUUUC